AAGUACUACGUCUCUGCAGCGGAAGUCACUGAUCUCAAAUUUAGUUAACAGAGAAGAAGAAAGAAGAAGAUAAGAGGAGAUUAACAGGUUCCAGCUGAGUUGAUUACGAGCAGAAAUGGCGACCGGAGGAGGAUACGGAGACGCGUCGCAGAAGAUAGACUUCGUGUUCAAGGUGGUGUUGAUAGGGGACUCCGCGGUCGGGAAGUCGCAGAUACUGAACCGUUUUGCGAGGAACGAGUUCAGCAUCGAUUCCAAGGCCACCAUUGGUGUCGAGUUCCAGACUCGAACACUCGUUAUCCAGCACAAGAGUGUCAAGGCCCAGAUCUGGGACACUGCCGGCCAAGAACGAUACAGGGCUGUCACGAGCGCAUACUACAGGGGUGCUGUUGGGGCAAUGCUUGUUUACGACAUUACAAAACGCCAGAGCUUUGAUCACAUCCCCCGCUGGCUGGAGGAGCUGCGUAACCAUGCUGACAAAAACAUAGUUAUCAUUUUGAUUGGGAACAAAAGCGAUCUUGAGGACCAGCGAGCUGUACCAACUGAGGAUGCGAAAGAAUUUGCUCAGAAGGAAGGACUGUUCUUCUUGGAAACCUCUGCAUUAGAAUCAACCAAUGUCGAAUCUGCGUUCUUGACUGUGUUGACAGAGAUCUUCAACAUCGUGAACAAGAAGAGCCUGACUGCUGAUGAAAAUGAAAGCAACGGAAAUCCUGCGUCACUGUCUGGUAAGAAGAUCCUAAUUCCUGGUCCUGCACAGGUAAUUCCACAAAAGAAUAAGAUGUGUUGUACAUCAUCGUGAAUUGGUGAGACAAGUUUCUUUACUGUGGAGUUUCUUUACUCUAUGAUCCAUAUAGCAAUUUUUGGAUGAAAGGUGUGUUGUAUUUUACAUUACCUUAGCAUAGUGUUGGACUGCAGCUAGUUAAUCAAGUACCAAAAAUUGAAAGUAAAGCUGAGUUGCACAUUCUCUUUUACUUAUUUGCCUGAUUGGAAUUCAACUGCAUCUGCCUUUUCCGACUCUGUAAAAUCCUAGAAGCCAGUCAAGGUUGAAUGCCGAGAGAAAUGUACCCUUCUUUUGGGUUUUAAGCCUAAACAUUUUGUUUGAUUCA